CUCAGAUGCACCUACAACACUUAACAACUCCUCUUCGUUGAGCGCAACUCUUGAUUAAAUAAAACACUGCAUACAAUUAUGGAAAAAUAUAGUUAUGAUACUCUUAAUCUUGGACGUCCCGCAAUUCGACUGCUUAUUUUGAAUCGAGGAAGCAAUGACGACAAGAUACGCUGCAGCCUCUUCCAGGCAGAGCUGCAGGAGCGAGACAAUACAAUCUCGUACGAAGCUCUCUCAUACACCUGGGGCUCCCAAGACCUAACUGAGAGCAUUAUUGUCGACGGCUACUGCCUUAAUGUAACUUCUCACCUCUACGUAGCUCUUCAACAUCUUCGCCAUCAGGACGAGGACCGUAUCCUGUGGAUUGAUGCAAUAUGUAUUGAUCAAGGAAACGUGAAAGAGAGAGGACAUCAAGUUGAACAAAUGAGCAAAAUCUACAAGGAAGCCGACCGGGUAGUUUUCUGGCUAGGGCCGGCAACAUUAGAAACAGACGUGCUCAUGGAAUCUUUGAAGCUUCUGCAGCGCGAGAGCAUUAAACACAACUACAAGGAUUGGUCGCUUCAAGACCCCUUUUGGAAGCAUAAAUGGGCUAUGGUGGAGCGGACACUGAAAAUAGCAUACACGCACUUCAGCGAUUUACAACGAGAUGGCUUACAGGAGAUCUUAUCAAGACCAUGGUUUCGGAGAGUGUGGAUUCUGCAAGAAGUGGCGCUUGCAAAGGUCGGCAUCAUACUCUGCGGUACGAAAAGUGUGUCAACUCGGCUCUUUGGUCUUGUUCCUCUGCUUCUAGAUAUAAAACCCGAUACACACUGUCAAUCAGUCCUCGAUAUCAUGCCUAGUCCAUGGAGAAAGACUCUCUGGUGGAGCAAGAGUCCAAAUCUUCGCACGUUGCUAUUAACUUUUGGAGAUAGCGAAGCGACAGAAUCACGAGAUCUUGUGUAUGCUUUGAGAGGGAUAUCAUCAGAUGCAGCAGGAAAUAAUGCCAUUAUUCCUGAUUAUGAUAAAUCAGAAGAAGAUUUGGUUCGCGAUGUUGUUCAGUUUGUCGAACAUUGUGAGUUGGAAGACUUGGCGUUGACACCGCCGCGCACAAUUCGAGCCUUGAUAAAAUGCCUGAGAGCUCACGAUUUGGAUCGUUGUAUGGGUCUGGCGCAAAAUUCUCUACCUCAUGAUAUGGAAAUGCUUCUUGAGAGUCCCGAAGUCAGGAUCAAUCAAGAAAUUGUCACGACCGCGGCGGCACGCGACAAGACAGGCAAAGUGUUUGAAAUCAUCCUGAGAUACCGGGAAAAGGACGUCUUAGUAGAUGACGAAGUUUUGGUGGCUGCAGCAAAAAAUCUGCGUGGCGCCCAGGGGGUAUUUGAAGCUCUGUUACGUUACCAAAGGGGCCGAAUCACGAUCUCAGACGAUGUGCUUAUAGCCGCUGCGAAGAACAUACAAUGCGGCGACGAAGUGUUAAAUCUUCUUUCGUCUUCCGAGUGGGAUCUGCCCAAAGCUAUAAAUGAGAAAGUGCUUGUAGCCGCAGCAAAGAAUAAAGCCUGUGGUAAUAAAGCUAUACAUGCUCUAUUAUCUCUUGGCCAUACGCUGAGUCUUACGGUCGAGGCCGUUAUAGCCGCUGCACAGAAUGAGGAAUGCGGUGAUGAAGUGUUAGGUCUCAUUUUAUUUUCCAAACGGGUUCGAUUCAAGGGAAUGAAAGAAAUAACAACGGAAGUGCUUAUAGCAAAGAAUAAAGGAUGCGAUGAUAAACAGUUAGGUCUCAUUUUAUCUUCCAAACGGGUUCGAUUCAAUGAAAUGAAGAGAAUAACAAAAGACGUGCUUAUAGCUGCAGCAAAGAAUGAAGGAUGCGGUGAUAAGGUGUUGAGUCUCAUUUUAUCUUCUAAUUUGGUUCGAUUGAAGGGAAUGAAGGGAAUAAUGAAAGAAGUGCUGAUAGCUGCAGCAAAGAAUGAAGGAUGCGGUGAUAAAGUGUUAAGUCUCAUUUUAUCUUCUAAACGGAUUCGAUUGAAGGGAAUAAAGAGAAUAGCAAUAGACGUGCUUCAAGCUGCGAUGGGGAACAAAGGAUGUGGUUAUAAAGUUAUAAAUACCCUUUGCUCUCAUUAUCCCAAUUCAGUCACAUUCUUCUAAAACGUAGAUAAUAUAUCACGAGACUCUGCGUUACAAGAUCUCUG